UUCCCUCCAUACUCAUUUUUCCCUUUGGAAAACCCUAGAAAACUCAAAGAUAGAAAAAACGAAAUGGAGAGAAAUAAUAAUAUAACUGUUUACAGCGAUGAAUUAGUGAAGAUAAUAUCAGACCCGCAGAAAGACAUUGAUUCCUUGAAUUACUGUCUUAAUACUUCACGUUCUCUCCGUUCCACUUCCCGUUCAGAUCUCGCUGCCCUUCAUUCUUCUCUUCAAGAUUAUCAAAAAAAGAUAGACUUAUGCAAGCAAAAAACGGAAGAUGCAAAGGCCGAAGUUGCUUUAGAUGCAGAGAUUGAUAUGCUGCAGAAAGAGUUGGAUGAAGAGCUUCAUAGGGCGACUUUGUUACAAGAGGAGCUUAGAGCUAUUACUGAUCAAAUUAAAGAUCUUGAUGAGCAACAAAGUUCGAUUGAAGAUAGAAAGCAGGUUCUGGAAAAACUUGAACAAGAUGAAAUGAAAUCCCAAAUGAAGCUCUCAAUGUAUGCAUCUGUAACAAGCAUCAUUCCGGAUUUGAAUGGUCAAUCCAAGAUAUCCGGAUAUAUUGUUGAUAAACAAAAGAAAGUGGUUGAAAAAUUCGAGCUCGAUUCUCAGGAGAUGAAUGAUUUUGAUACUUGUAAUGCAAUCUGGAAGAUGAUAACCUGAUGAUAAAUACUGAACUUUAGCUCUCCUCAUGGAAGCCAUUUGUAAGUUAACUUGUGAUUUGUGAUUAUGUUUAUGAUCAUCUGGAUUGUGUCAUUGCACAUUUUUCUGUGGAUGGAAUCCGUAUUUGUGUUUAUCUAUAUUCUGUAAAAAUGUUUUAAUCUGAUGUUCUAUCUAGCAAACUUUUUUAUGUUGUCUA